AGGAGUUUCAACCCUCAUCUGGAUACAUGUGGAAUGCAGGAAAAAACAUCUUCAGGUCAAAGGCAGGUAGCGACCACUUCUGUGUACGUCACGUGUCAGCUGACCAAGAAUCCGCCAAUCACAACUCGCUUGCGGUGCCAAAUAAAUUGCUGGCGAAACUCUGGAAGGACUCGGAGCGAAAAAUAGGAAAGGCUGUGGAGAAAAGAAGAUGGAGGUAACACACAGGGACACAAGGGGAUCCACCACAACAAGCAGCAGCGCCCACAGACAGGAGGGCUCUGGAGGACUGUGGGACUCUGUGAAGAAAGCUGUGCUUGUCAUCGGAUCUGGAUUCUUAUUCUUGGCUGCAUUCGGCAACUCACUGACAUGGCAUCUUCAGAGGUUCUGGGGAGCUUCAGGAGAUUUCUGGCAGAACUUGUGGACCACGUUGUAUGUGGCAUUUGAAGGACAUGAUGCUGCUUUGUUCUUCUUAGGGACCGUGUUACUCCCCGCUCUGCUCUUCUGGUUGUUCAAUGCUCUGCUGCUUGUGGUGGACACCACAGGGAAACCCUCCUUCAUCACUCGCUACCGGAUCCAGGUGGACGAGAAUAAACCGGUGGACCCUGUGAAGCUUCGCCAGGCCAUCAGGUGUGUCCUCUUCAACCAGAUUUUCAUCUCCGCACCCAUGAUGGUGGCAACUUACUUUGUGAUGACCUGGAGAGGGGACCCCUGUGGCCCUGAGCUGCCAACCUUCCACUGGGCCUUGAUGGAGCUGACUUUCUUUUCCAUCAUAGACGAAAUUCUCUUUUACUACUCACACAGGCUCUUCCACCAUCCUGCCCUCUACAAGCAUAUCCACAAACAGCACCACGAGUGGACUGCUCCCAUUGGAAUCGUCGCCAUCUACGCCCACCCUUUGGAACAUGUGAUUGCCAACACGCUGCCGGUGUUGAUUGGGCCUGUGAUCCUGGGCUCCCACCUGGCUACCACCACUCUUUGGCUUUGCCUGGCUCUGGUCACCACCACCAUUUCCCACUGUGGUUACCACCUUCCCUUCCUGCCCUCCCCCGAGUCCCACGACUUCCACCACCUCAAGUUCAACCAGUGUUUCGGGGUCUUCGGCGUGCUGGAUCGGCUCCAUGGCACCGACACCAAAUUCCGGCUGACCAAGCAGUAUGAGCGCCACAUCCUGCUCACCAGCUUCACCCCGCUGACCGAGAGCAUCCCUGACACACCCAAGGAUAAACUUUUAGAUCCCAAGAACUGGGAGUAGGCAGAGGUAACUGGAGGAGGGCAUGGUGAAGGUUAGGUUCAUAUUAAGGAAUAGUUCAGGACUUUUUAAACUGGUGUUAAAACAAUAUUGAUGUGUGCCUACAUAUGUGAGAAUAGGUCUGUCGUCACUUCUCCUGCUCUCCACACUGACCAUGAAUGUUUCCCCCAGAAUGUAAUGCUGCAAAAAAUGAGGCUCAGAAUACAAAACCCCCUUCUAUAAACAAACAAAGAAAAAAAGCACCGUUUGUCUGAGGCUCAAAUGCGGCUUCAGGUGUCCCACUAAUUUGGCUUGGUAUAAGUGGUAUAAGGUGGCUUGUCCUUCUUUUAGUUCACUGGAUAGUAACAUUACCUUUCUGAGCUGCAGCGGAGGAAGUCUGUUCUCAUGUAUAUUACUGUUUUAACACCAACUUGAAAAAUCCCAAAGUAUUCCACUAAGGUAAGGGAACACACAUCUACAGGGUAACAGGCUUCACUUUCUCAAUUAAUUGAUGGCCAGUGAUGACCUGUGACUUCUAACCUCAGGCCAAGUUUGACUUUAUCACUAUGAUAUGUGGAGAUAAUGUGAAAUCAAUCUAAACAAGCCAGGUUUGAUCAUUUUACUCCACAAAGCUGUCGGUCACUUUGAGGUUAUGAACAUCAUCAGCCUUAAUUGUUAAUUUUCCCAACAGAAAUAUUGUUUUUGUACUUCAUCAGAUGUGCAGGUUUCAUGCAGUUUUAAAAGUUUGGCCUCCACUCUGGCAAUUAUUUACCUGGUUAUUCCCAUGAUUUCACCUUCUGUGAGCAAAGCAGGUAACAGAUGAGGUUUAUGUCAGUGAAAAAAUGUUUCAAUUUUCAGCUGCAAACAAAAAACAGGUUUUAUUCCAUCCCUUGUUCCUGGUUAAACUAUGGCAGCGCAUUCACCAAAAGGAAAAAAAAAAUUGGAGAAUCUUAUCUUGUAUUUGUGAACAUACUAAGAUCUGGUAUUACAAGAUCUUUUCUUGUAAUUAUAAGAUAUUGCAGGGGGCCGGAAAACUGCAGACUUUGCCUGAAAAUCAGGUUUUAACAAAUUAUUUAGUAUCAAAGUAAUUCAUUGAGAGUUGUCAGUACAUCCAAUAAUGCAUAGCAAAAGUGAACUGUUAGUAGCUAAUUCGGCAUACAUAGUCAAAAAAUGCCUCAACUUUGCUGCCUACACUUCACUAUAUAAAUGUACUGAACAGCUGGAAAGCUGUAGAACCUGCUUGAGAAACAUUGGGUUUUUAAGAUUUCUUCAGUAGACUAUUAACCUAAUCCUGUCAGCCCAUUCAACAGUAGGCUUGGUAGCAAAGUGAACUGCUGAUUCAGCAAGCUGAGUGUUCCAAAAUGUAAACAAAUAUAGCCCAGGCUAAAAAUGGUGCCCACAUUGUAACACACUCUAUCCAUGGCAACAUUAUAUAGCCUACUUCCUGUUUCUUGUCAAAGUUUAUAUCAGUUCACACAAGUGAUGAUUAUUAAUGUUUAAUGCUUUGUCACAAUUACGAGAUCUGCAGAUCAGGAUCUAGUAGUAAUAGACUCAGUUAUGGUUGCCAUUUAAGAAGAGAGGCACUAGGCUAUGAUGAUAUCUAUAUAAUGAAUAUGAUCUUAUAACAUUUUGUAAAAUUUCACAUUAACCAUUAAAAGUUUAAUCGUGAACUGUGAGAAUGUAAAUUGAGUUAAUACUGAAGAAACCUGAAGGUUUGAUCUUUGUGGCCUGAAAACAGUAUGCAGGCCUGAUGCUGCUCUCGCCCAUACAAGAGGAAGCCCAAAGCAGUGUGCAGGUCCUCCAGGUCCAAGUUAGACAGGACGCUCCUCUGAACCUGUGCCUCCACUCUGUUCCCACUGGGUCCGCUACAGCCCUUCAGUAGAACCACAGCAGACUGGCACAGCAGCCAGUCGGCUAGCUUCUUCAUGCCAGCGCUGUCCUGGUUGGCUAGGGCCUUUCGUCUCCACAGGCUGAGAUGUAGCAUGUUAGCGGCUACACGAGCACUGGGGCGCUGCAGAGUACACAAAACAUGAAUAAGUGUUGUAGUAUCAGAUACUUGGAGUAUAUUACUAUUACCACACUACUGCAAUUAAGGGCAGCACUGUCAUUGUACUGUUUUUUUUUUUACUGUAAAGUCACUGAUUAUAUCCAUAUAUGACAGAAAGAGAGAGAAACAACUCUAAAGUCAUAUCUUGCACUAAUCAUGUACAAAAUUACCAGAAACCAUUGUUGAGCAGUAUAUAUUUAUAGUGCCAGGACUAUCUUCUACAUGUGUCCUUUGCCAUUCGUUUUGUGAUUCAUGUGGCUGCUGUAGUGCUACAAUUUUUCACUAGGUUUAAUAAAGUAUUACCCAUCUUAUCAAAUAAACAACAAUGAUAAUAAUAAUAAAAAAAAUACU